GAUGCCGUGGCGGAGGUUUUCUCAUGCAUUAACAAGGACAAAAUAAUUUGUAAUUUCGGAAUUGCUGUAAAGAAAACAUGUGGAAACAACAAAAGUCUUAUAUUUUAGUUAAUUUUUGUAUGUGUUUUCACACGAUUGGUUUCACAGCUGAAAAUACGUGGCCAUAUCUUCAAAGAAAAAAUAAAUAAAAAGUAUGGCCCUUGACAACACUGAUCAUAUAAAAAACACGGGUUAUUAACAUGUUAUCUUUCUGUCUUAUUACUUAUAUCACAAAGAUCAUUCACACCAUUGGUCACGUAGAGCCUACCAUAGCUAGUGGUUCGUUGCAUCUAAAAUCUCGACAGUUGACGGAUUUCCUUUUAAAUUCUUCACCAACUCUAAGCUUUAUUUUGAUAAUAGCCUAUUUAUUGAAUGAUGUUCAUGGUCCUUGGCAUAUGUCCUUAGCUCUUUGGAAGGUAAUUAUCUGUGGCCUCUCCAAUUAAUCCUGUUUUUAUACCGACAGACAUUGAAAAAGGCGUCAACUACCAUCAUUGGUUCUGAACUGCCGUCUCCAAAGCUCAAUCCUUUUGGCAGAUAAAUAUCCAAAAUUAAAAAUAUAUUCUUGCGGUUUUACGCAAACAUUGGAAAUGCGACGUCCGAUUAGUUUUUAUCAUGUUUUUGAUCGUGCGCUUUAGCCUAUGUUACCGAUCAGAAAGCUGCGGAGGCUGGUGUCUGCCCGAAAGGCUGAAUUUCUGGUUGUAUGGGGAUCCGUUCGUAUCACUGUUCACCAUUAAUAGUUUUCGCAUGAAUUUUAUAACAUUUUACCCUAACACGCGCAUCUUUCGUUUUUUUUUUCAAGAAAAGCUUGAAGACAGUGACAUUACACCGAGCAGGCUAACUUAAACGGUUAUGAUAGAUGGAGGGGGGUUAAGGAAGGAAGGGGAACCAUGCAAACACACUAAGCUAAGAUAGUUCAGGGGGAAAACAAUGUUAAAGGUGUUUGCUUGUCGAUCAGUUGAAUAUGAUCACAUGCAUAUAGGCUGCUUGAACUACCUGAAUCAUCCGCCUCUUAGAGAGGUGGAGGGGUGCUGAUUGCACAUAAGGACGAACCCUAAUAAUGUAUGGCCUGCUAUAGCUAAUAGUCAACUUUUGCUGGAUCUGUGACUAUAAAAUGUGUUCCUACGAGCUGAGCGAUUGUGAGUAGUACAAAAGAUUCAAUGUUGCGUUGGCCAGUAACUGUCAUGACACCCUGAAUACAUUUUUAUGUUAAAGAAUCAACGCAUGUGGCGUCUCUCGCAUAGAUAUUCGGACUGGUGUAAUUAGCUUACUGGAGAAACCAAGGGAAAUGGGCAGAGUCAACCAGCUGGCCAACUUACUUUACCUGUCGCCUUGUCCGCUGAAGGGAUUUACGACGUCAAUAAAUAUUUGCAUCAAAUUGACAAAAAAAUAUUUAGAUAUAUGACACGCACCACCACAUGCUCAUUUAAAAGCUGAGUUUAAAUAUGAAAUUAUAUUUCUAUAAAAUAAACUCAUUCAGACGGCAGUCAGGAAAGACAUCCAUCCAUUUUAGCACGGAUGCAUAUUGAUGGGCAGGGUGUGGAGUUCAAAUAAAAUUGCCUACCGACUGAGACAAGCGCAAACCUUUUCCGAUAGCUACCCGGUAGUAUGUGAUCUUUACGUUUUCUAUGAAGGUGUAUGACGUAAAGGGUCGCUUUGAGCGAUAUUUUAUAGUGUGAAUGGGCAGGGCGGCUCAGGGGCUGUUUAUUUUCACGGGCUGGCGUAGGGCAGGGCGGAGAUGCUGCGGUAAGAGGCAUUAGAGCCUUCUCUAUGGAACUAAACGAAGCCUCCAAUAUGGCGACAACUGCGAAUCCUUCUUCCCGUAUAAAACCCACGACGGACAAGCCUUUUCUUGUGCAGGAGGCUAACAGUACAUUCUGAAGGUGCAGGAUGAAAAGAUGGCACAACUGCUUGUACCGCCAGGACCAGACAGCUUCAUCCCGUUUUGUCGCGAGUCUCUCGUCGCUAUCGAGAAGCGGAUCGCCGAGGAGAAUGCCAAGAGGCCCAAGGGGGAGCGGCGCAAUGACGACGACGACGAGAACGGGCCCAAGCCCAACAGCGACCUCGAGGCCGGGAAGUCGCUGCCGUUCAUUUACGGGGACAUUCCUAAAGGCAUGGUCUCCACGCCCUUGGAGGAUCUGGACCCAUUUUACAGCAAUCAGAAAACCUUUAUAGUAUUGAACCGAGGGAAGGCAAUCUUCCGCUUUAACGCCACUCCUGCCUUGUACAUCUUAAGUCCCUUCAACCCUCUUAGGAGAAUAUCAAUUAAAAUUUUGGUACAUGCAUUGUUCAGCAUGCUAAUCAUGUGCACUAUCUUGACCAACUGUGCGUUUAUGACCUUGAGUAACCCUCCAGAAUGGACAAAGAAUGUAGAGUACACAUUCACUGGAAUAUACACUUUCGAAUCUCUUAUAAAAAUUCUUGCAAGGGGCUUCUGUGUAGGGAAGUUUACCUUCCUAAGAGACCCCUGGAACUGGCUGGAUUUCAGUGUUAUUGUCAUGGCAUAUGUGACAGAGUUUGUGGACCUGGGCAAUGUCUCUGCACUGAGAACAUUCAGGGUUCUCCGAGCCUUGAAAACUAUAUCUGUCAUCCCAGGCCUGAAGACCAUUGUGGGUGCCCUGAUCCAGUCGGUGAAGAAACUCUCGGAUGUUAUGAUCCUCACCGUCUUUUGUCUAAGUGUCUUUGCACUAAUAGGGCUGCAACUCUUUAUGGGUAAUUUAAGACAAAAAUGCAUAAGACUGCCAAUUGAAAAUGCCACCUCAGACCAAGGAGAUUUGAACAGGACGUUGGACCUAAAUGUGACCGAUUUCAAUUUAACGAGCACGUUCAACUGGACCGAGUACUCCAACAAUCCCGAGAACCAUUAUUUCUUACCAAAUCGAAGAGAUGCUCUGCUUUGUGGGAAUGGCAGUGAUGCUGGGCAGUGCCCAGAGGGAUACCUUUGCAUCAAAGCAGGCCGUAACCCGGACUACGGAUACACAAGCUUUGAUACGUUUGGCUGGGCCUUCCUGUCUCUCUUCAGACUGAUGACUCAGGACUACUGGGAGAACCUCUACCAACAGACACUGAGGGCUGCUGGGAAACCAUACAUGAUCUUCUUCGUGCUGGUGAUCUUCCUUGGCUCCUUCUACCUGGUCAACCUGAUCCUGGCCGUGGUGGCCAUGGCCUACGAUGAGCAAAACCAAGCCACCAUGGAGGAGGCGCAGCAAAAGGAGCAGGAGUUCCAAGCCAUGUUGGAGCAGCUCAAGAGACAGCAAGAGGAGGCGCAGGCCGCGGCGGCAGCAGCGGCAGCGGCCAUCAACGAGAGCGGGGAGUACAGCGGGAGAGCGGGACUGACGGAAACGUCCUCGGAGGGCUCCAAACUGAGCUCCAAGAGCGCCAAAGAGAGACGCAACAGGCGGAAGAAGAGGAAGCAAAGGGAGGAGCAGGAGAGGGGAGAGGGCGAGAAGUUCCGCAAGUCCGAGUCCGAGGACAGCAUCAAGAGGACCAGCUUCCGUUUCUCCAUCGAUGGCAACAGGCUGUCCUACGAGAAGAGAUACUCGUCCCCGCAUCAGUCACUCCUCAGUGUCCGGGGAUCCCUCUUCUCCCCCCGGAGGAACAGCCGCACCAGCCUCUUCAGCUUCCGCGGCCGGGCGAGGGACGUCGGCUCGGAGAACGACUUCGCCGACGACGAGCACAGCACGUUCGAGGACGCCGACAGCCGCCGGGGUUCCCUGUUCGUCCCGCGCCGGUCCGAGCGCCGCAGCAGCAACAUCAGCAUGUCCUCGCACGUGCUCCUGCCGGCCAACGGCAAGAUGCACUGCGCCGUCGACUGCAACGGGGUGGUGUCCCUGGUGGGCGGAGCCUCCGUGCCCACAUCACCUGUCGGACUCCUUCUGCCAGAGGUGACAGUAGAUAAGCCCACUACCGAUGACAAUGGCACAACCACAGAAACAGAGAUCAAAAAGAAGAGGUCGGGCUCCCAGCAGCCUUCCAUGGACUUUUUAGAGGACCCAGUUGCCAGACAACGAGCACUGAGCGUUGCAAGUAUUUUAACAAACACAAUGGAGGAACUUGAAGAAUCAAGACAGAAAUGCCCACCCUGUUGGUACAAGUUCGCAAACACCUUCCUUAUAUGGGACUGUUGCCCCAUGUGGCUGAAGAUUAAAGAAAUUGUCAACUUGAUUGUGAUGGACCCAUUCGUAGACCUGGCCAUCACCAUUUGCAUUGUAUUAAACACCUUGUUCAUGGCUAUGGAGCACUACCCAAUGACACAGCAGUUCAACAGUGUGCUGUCGGUGGGGAAUUUGGUGUUCACAGGGAUUUUCACAGCCGAGAUGUGCUUUAAAAUCAUUGCUCUGGAUCCUUACUAUUAUUUCCAAGAGGGGUGGAAUAUAUUUGACGGGAUCAUCGUCAGCCUAAGCUUAAUGGAGCUGGGUCUUGCCAAUGUGGAAGGGCUGUCUGUCCUUAGGUCAUUUCGAUUGCUGAGGGUGUUCAAACUAGCCAAAUCCUGGCCUACGCUCAACAUGCUCAUCAAGAUCAUCGGCAACUCGGUGGGUGCCCUGGGAAACCUGACUCUGGUGCUGGCCAUCAUCGUCUUCAUCUUCGCCGUGGUGGGCAUGCAGCUGUUCGGGAAGAGCUACCGGGAAUGCGUGUGCAAGAUCGCCGAGAGCUGCACGCUCCCGCGGUGGCACAUGGUGGACUUCUUCCACUCCUUCCUCAUCGUGUUCCGCGUGCUGUGCGGCGAGUGGAUCGAGACCAUGUGGGACUGCAUGGAGGUGGCGGGCCAGACCAUGUGCCUCAUCGUCUUCAUGCUGGUCAUGGUCAUCGGCAACCUGGUGGUGCUGAAUCUGUUCCUGGCCCUGCUGCUCAGCUCCUUCAGCGCGGACAACCUUGCGGCCACGGACGACGACAGCGAGAUGAACAACCUGCAGGUCGCGGUGGGGCGAAUCCACCGCGGCAUCGACUACAUUAAGGCCAUCCUCCGCCGCUUCUUCCUGAGCCUCUGCUCCCAGAGGAAGAAGGUCCUGGACGAGAUCAAGCCCCUGGAGGAGCUCCAUAACCCCAAAGAGAACUGCAUCUCUAACCACACGGGCGUGGAGAUCACCAAAGACCCCGAGUACGGAAACGGCACGGCCAGCGGCCUCAGCAGCAGCGUGGGGAAGUACGUGAUCGACGAGAACGACUACAUGUCCUUCAUCCACAACCCCAGCCUCACCGUCACCGUGCCCAUCGCCGUGGGUGAGUCCGAUUUCGAGAACCUCAACACGGAAGACUUCAGCAGCGAGUCGUCAGACAUCGAAGGCAGCAAAGAGAAGCUGGCCGAUCACCAGAUGAGCUCCUCGGAGGGGAGCACCGUAGACAUCAGGCCCCCGGGAGAGGGAGGGGAGUCGGUGGAGCUGGAGCCCGAGGAGUCCCUAGACCCUGAGGCGUGUUUCACUGAAGGCUGCGUGCGUAAGUUCCAUUGUUGCCAAGUGAGCAUCGAAGAAGGCAAGGGGAAGAUGUGGUGGACCCUCAGGAAGACGUGCUUCAGAAUCGUGGAGCACAACUGGUUUGAGAGCUUCAUCAUAUUCAUGAUCCUGCUGAGCAGCGGGGCUCUGGCUUUUGAAGACAUAUACAUUGAGCAGAGGAAGACCAUUAAGACAGUGCUGGAGUUUGCCGACAAAGUCUUCACCUACGUCUUCAUCUUGGAGAUGCUGUUAAAAUGGGUCGCUUACGGAUUUGUGAAAUACUUCACCAAUGCCUGGUGUUGGUUGGACUUCUUGAUUGUUGAUGUCUCUUUGGUGAGCUUGGUAGCCAACGCCCUCGGUUACUCGGAGCUCACUGCCAUCAAGUCCCUGCGAACCCUGCGCGCACUGAGGCCCUUGCGAGCGCUGUCACGGUUUGAGGGGAUGAGGGUGGUCGUCAACGCUCUCCUCGGGGCCAUUCCUUCCAUCAUGAACGUGCUCCUCGUCUGCCUGAUCUUCUGGCUGAUCUUCAGCAUCAUGGGCGUCAACCUCUUCGCGGGGAAGUACUUCUACUGCGUGAACACCACGACAGAUGAGAAUUUCCCCACACACAUCGUCAACAAUAAGUCCGACUGCUUGGCCCUCAACGAGAGUGCUCGCUGGAAGAAUGUCAAGAUCAACUUUGACAACGUGGGGGCCGGCUACCUUGCUCUCCUGCAAGUGGCAACAUUUAAAGGCUGGAUGGAUAUCAUGUAUGCAGCUGUGGAUUCCCGUGAUCUGGAAGAGCAGCCGGAAUACGAAGUGAACCUCUACAUGUACCUGUACUUCGUCAUCUUCAUCAUCUUUGGCUCCUUCUUUACUCUCAACCUGUUCAUUGGUGUCAUCAUCGACAACUUCAACCAGCAGAAGAAAAAGUUUGGAGGUCAAGAUAUCUUCAUGACCGAGGAACAGAAGAAAUACUACAAUGCAAUGAAGAAGCUUGGAUCAAAGAAACCUCAGAAGCCAAUUCCAAGACCAGUGAACAAGUUCCAGGGGUGUGUCUUUGACUUCAUUACGAAGCAAGCCUUCGACAUCGUCAUUAUGAUCCUCAUUUGCCUCAACAUGGUCACCAUGAUGGUGGAAACGGAUGACCAGACUGAAGAAACGGACAACACACUUCACUGGAUUAACCUGGUCUUCAUUAUCCUCUUCACUGGAGAGUGUGUGCUGAAGAUGAUAUCACUCCGCCAUUAUUAUUUCACCAUCGGCUGGAACAUUUUCGAUUUUGUUGUCGUCAUCCUAUCAAUCGUUGGCAUGUUUCUUUCGGAAGUGAUUGAAAAGUACUUUGUUUCCCCGACCUUAUUUCGAGUCAUCCGACUUGCGAGGAUUGGUCGCAUCCUUCGGCUCAUAAAGGGUGCUAAGGGAAUUCGCACGCUGCUGUUUGCCUUGAUGAUGUCACUUCCUGCCUUGUUCAACAUCGGUCUCCUGCUCUUCCUGGUCAUGUUCAUCUAUGCUAUAUUCGGCAUGUCAAACUUCGCCUACGUCAAGAGGGAAGCCGGCAUCGACGACAUGUUCAACUUUGAGACAUUUGGCAACAGCAUGAUCUGCCUGUUCCAGAUCACCACGUCUGCGGGCUGGGACGGUCUGUUGGCCCCCAUCCUCAACAAAAGAGAACCUGACUGCGACAGUCAGCAGGAGCACCCCGGCAACACGUAUUCGGGUAACUGCGGCAACCCGUCGGUGGGAAUCUGUUUCUUUGUGAGCUACAUCAUCAUCUGCUUCCUGAUCGUCGUCAACAUGUACAUCGCCGUCAUCCUGGAGAACUUCAGCGUGGCCACGGAGGAGAGCGCCGAGCCGCUGAGCGAGGACGAUUUUGAGAUGUUCUACGAGGUGUGGGAGAAGUUCGACCCCGACGCCACGCAGUUCGUGGAGUACAACAAGCUGUCUGACUUCGCCGAUGCCCUGGACCCCCCGCUCCGCAUACCCAAGCCCAACAAGAUCCAGCUGAUCGCCAUGGACCUUCCUAUGGUCAGCGGCGAGAGGAUUCACUGCCUGGACAUCCUGUUUGCCUUCACCAAGCGUGUCCUUGGAGAGGGCGGGGAGAUGGAUGCCCUCCGGGGCCAGAUGGAGGAGCGCUUCAUGGCGUCCAAUCCCUCCAAGGUAUCCUACGAGCCCAUCACCACCACGCUUCGCCGCAAGCAGGAGGACAUGUCCGCCGUGAUCAUACAGAGAGCCUUCAGACGGUAUCUCAUCCGGAGAACUGUUAAAAGGGCCUCCUACAUGUACAGGGAGAAGAUCAAAGCGGGGGUGAACCUACAGGACAAGGAGGUCCUGGUAAUAGACAAAUUCAAUGAGAAUUCCACCUCGGAAAAAACCGACAUGACCCCCUCCACUGCGUCUCCACCCUCGUACGAUAGCGUCACAAAACCUGACAAGGACAAAUACGAAAAAGACAAGAGGGAAAAAGAGGACAAAGGCAAGGAUGUCAGGGAGAACAAGAAGUAGGACAAUGGAAAAGAUGCAACUCAGACAUUCCAUUUACUGGACAAAUUGUUUACAGCCCCCGGAGGUGACAUAUUUGUGUCAACUGGACUCCGUUUUUGGUGUGGAGAUCUAUGCCAAACUGACAGUGACAGUACUUAAAUCUAAAUUUAAGGUCAGUGCCUAAAAUGAGGCAGUGACCCAUGUCAGACUGUGAACAGAAAUGUUUGGGGGGGGGAUUUGGACUUAUUCCAGCUGACAACGUGGAUCAAGUCAAAAUGGUGGCUCUGAUUGUGACCAGAUAACUUUUUUGAGUGUUGUUACAAUCUUAAACAAUUAAGUAUACUGUAACAUCUUCUGCAGCUAGUACUACUACUGCUAUAUCCAGUGUCUUGCAUUUCAACUGCCAUAUUAUUUUAUGUUCUUAUUUUUCUUAUAGAAAUUUGUUUUUAUUCAUGUUGUUUUUUAAGCUCAUCAGUUGAUUGUAUGACUAUUUUUGUAAAAGGGUUUUUUUCUGUAACUGGGAGGGGGGUUAAUGAACAGCUUGAAAGGUUAGAGGACCAGAAACUAUCACUGCGGCAACCACAGUGUCCAGGUUUCUGCUGAAAAUUUCUUGAAAACAUUUGCUGUUCAGACUGAAAGCACGCUUGCCGUCAUACAUAAAUGAUGUCACCAUCACUGGAGCGAGUCUGCUCUGUCCUGUGCAGAGUUUCUGGGCAAAAUAUCUUGGUGGUGCUUACGAAUCAUAUUUUUUGGUGAAUCUGGUGAAUAUGUAUGUGCCUAUUCUUCAUCCCUUUUCAUGCUGGUUUAAGUCAAGAGGGGGUGGCCUGCAAGCGUGCUAACAACUUUAAGUGCAAAUGAUACAAACCUUCAGUUCCAGAACAACCACCAGCCCCCAAUAUCAAUGACCUACUUAACGCCUCACGCACAGUCUCAUGGGUCUUCUCUCCUGAGAACAUUGUACAGCACAUAAUGUGGAUGAAGUGCAUUUUUUAUUUUGUUUUGUUUGCUUAUUAUCAAUCAAUUCAUAGACCACAGUAUUCAGUAGCCAUCUCCAGCUCUGGGUAAGGUAUCUCCCCAGGUUGUAUAUAUAGUUGUUUUCUUUUUCGUUUGUUUUUUUUUUGUGUGUUUGUUUUUUACCUGCUGUAUGUUUGAGCAAGCAAAGGCCACAGUAUAGUAGCUUCAGAUAUGUACCACCUGGUCUAGUCUUUAAGCUUUUGCCAGUUGAGAUGCUGUAUUCUAUAUCAUAUGUGCAUCCUGUCCUGCCAUGCAUGUUUCUGUUGCUGUUUUCCCUGCUGCGUCAUGCAAAAAGAAGUGUUCAGAUUCAAAAUGGUGUCUUCUGUGUCACUGCUACAAUCAGCAGAAACCUUACUUGGCAAAGCCUCUAUUUCUCCCUGUCACCAAGCAAUACUUAAUUGCUUCUCCACAGUCAGUCCCGUUCGUUUCCUGCUCUCAACAAAAAAAUGUCCUAUCAUUAUUUUUUUCCACAUAACGAUAUUGUCUUCUGUAAGGACAGAGAGGAGAUCGAAAAUGCAGAAGUCAAUAUCCAGUACAAUGUUUUCCACUCAAGCUACAAGAAGUUUGGUGGUUCUUUUUCUCUCCAUGUUAAAAUGAAUAUUGUAAUAUACUCAUUUUUAUUUUUCAACCAUUGUAAAUAAUAUAAAAUAUGGCCACAUGGUCUGCACCAGAGUCACUUUUGUUACUUAGAAUCCACUGCACUUUUUUCAUUCAAAGACUUCCACUUGAGAACUGAGCAGGAAGUGCAUUACGCUUUUGACUGCUGGAUUGUUUUUUUUUUGUUUGUUUGUUUUUUUGUUUUUUGUAGACUGGGGUCACAGUAGACUUGCUGUAUGGUAAUAAAUAUCUAAGAGAAUUAAUAUUUAUGAUUCAGAUGAUGCACUGUCUUAAGUGUGGCUAUCAAAGAGGGGCUGUGUAGGAGUCCUCAGUUUCACAUACAUUUGUUUACAAUUUUCUAUUUCAGUUUUUAUUUUUCAAAAUGUUCACUCUGCACAAAUGAUGUAAGGAUCCACUGUUUUUCUUUCACAUGAGCAUUACAAUGAACAGGUUUAUAUAUGUACAUAAAUAUAUGUACAUGUAUGUAUAUAUGUGUGUGUGUUAUAUUUCAUAUAUAAACUGUAUAUGCAUAUAUAGACAUGUGUAAUAUAAUACGCAUACGCACAUAUAUAUGUACAAGCUUCAUUCGAUAGCGGCCAUUUUUAUUAUGCUUGUAGAGUAUUAGUAAACUGCAUGCAAGUUAUUGCAAUUAGCCCAUCUGACAGUAAAUUUAAUUAAAAAGCCAAAAGAAUAAAUGCUACAUGUUUAUUGUACCUCAGGUAUGUCUGUUGAACUUCUUUCAUUUUCUUUUGUUGAUAUGCCAUUCAUCACAUUGCAAGCCAUGCACCAACACUAUAUGUUCAAUGUAGCACCAGUUAUUUUUCGGUAUUGGUCUAUGCUAUUUAAAUACGGUAUGUUUGCUUAAGACUACAUAAAGGGAUAUAUUCAAUAAAAUGUGGUUAAAACCAAAAAUUAUUUGUGUAUUGAGGAAUGUGUUGCUGUAUGUGGAAGUAUGUGAAUGUUAAAUUUGUCUGGCUAGAUAUAUUUAAUUCUGAUGGAAGUUGGCUGAUCUAAUGUUCCCAUAAUGGGGUUUGGUUUCAAAAGUGUGAAUACAGAAUGCAGCAUUGUGAAGCUUCUGAAUAAAUAACUCAAAAUUCACCUUUAAAAUCCCCUACAUUGGGAAACAAUAGUUCCUACAGUUGGUCUUUCUUGGACAUACUGUUUUUGUCUCUUUUGGAUAUUUAGACCCUAUAUUUUGAAUCAGUCUACUACUGAUACUAUACAACAUCAUAUUUUGCAUAUCCAGGUAUUUGCCUUUGGUAUUUGAACCUAAUGAGCUUAUAAUGAAAAGGUGCAUCUAAACAGCUACAAACAGCAUGUUGCAUUCAACAUAUUUACAUGUACAACCAUUUAGUAAUUUUUCAUUGUUUUAUUUAAAUUGGCAAAUGGCUGACAAGAUGUUGUAGUCAAGAAUCAUUAAGAUAACCCACAUUACUGGUUUUUCAAGUGUUUAUUUGACAUUUACAAAAUAAGUGGUUGAAGGCCAACUACCAACAUUUAUACUGCAAUUGUAUGACUGAAAAUAACACAUUCCCCUCAUUUUUUGACUGGCUGUUUUGUCAUGCCAUAUUGAAAGCCAUUCACAGAACCCAUUCCACUGUGGUUCCUGCCUUCCAUUUGUCUGAACUGAAAUAAUAUCUGUUGAGUCUGUGAAUAAAAAUUGUUAGAACUGAAUGAAUGAUAAGUGAAUGAUGAUAAAAACUGAUUGAAUUUUGUCUGAAUGAUGAGCAUUGUAGAUCAAGGUUGAGCACCAAAAUCAUUUCAAGAACGCAUACUCUUUGAUAAUAGUAGCCAGACCAAACAGAAUUUCUCAGAAACUGAGAGAGGUUUAGAUGUAGAGACCACAAAUGAAAGUUGUGGCAUAACACUGUAUUGGGGGGGGGGGAGGGGGGGGGUGCGUGGUGGUUAGUGAUAAAGGUAUAAUAAAGGUUUUCCAAUUCUUGUAAUAAAUAGGAACAGGAGUUGAUCCUGAACUGCGCCAAUCAAGGUUUUAGAGGAUUGUGUGGCAUAUGCACUGUAUAUAUGUUUGUAUGCGUACGGAUCCUUUUAUAUUGUGAGCUGUGUUCUGUAUUGCUUGGGAUCUCGGCUUCUCUUCCUCCUUUGCUGCAUUUUCUCCUCUUCUUUGCUUUCUGCGGGGGAGGGGGGUGUUUGUUUGCCUUUUGUUUCUAUCUUUGUCUACCUGCCUUGUGUCUUUUACCCUUUCAUGGAGUGUGUACAUGUAUAGUGCUGAUUUAAACAUUAUAGUGCUAUUAUCAAUGUAUUAUUUCAAAUUUUAUGUAAUUAUAUUAUUUUUUACACCUUCCUUUGCGUUCUUAACACAAUUUGAAAUGUAGAUUUAACAAAAGAUAUGAACACAUUUACUAGUGCUGGAAGACACUUUCAUGUUGAGCUGUAUACUGCUUUGUGAAUCAGCUGUACCUGUUUUGUGCAAUGCGGUCUGCCAUCCUGGAUACUAUACUAUUCAUUGAAGGGUCUGUCUUUGAACUUUUAUUAGGCUACUGUGAAUGGAGAUUCUGCCUCCCGACCACAUCCGCAUGGACCAUAAAUCUCCCUCACAUGUACAAUGUACUGUUCCUGAAAUGAAAAACAUAAAAAUAUUUUAUAUAAUA